AUGACAGAUGAUCUGAACAGCACUCUGAAGAGUCUUCUGUCAGAAUGGUUCUCCGUUGGGUUACUCCGACUCGAAAGAAUCACUUGGCAGUCCCCAUGCGAGAUCCUUCAGAAGAUCAGCCAGUACGAGGCAGUCCAUCCUGUGCGGAACUGGACGGAUAUCAAACGCAGAGUGGGGCCAUACCGGAGAUGUUACGCCUUCACCCACGCCUCCAUGCCUGGAGAACCACUGGUGGUGCUGCACGUUGCCUUAACUGAAGACAUAGCAAAUAAUAUCCAGGGAAUUGUAAGAGAGUUUUCCACUCUAGACACGGAUGAGGAUGUGAACAAGAUCAAUGCGGCCAUCUUCUACUCCAUCUCCUCCACUCAGGCUGGAUUGCAGGGGGUGGAGCUUGGAAAUUACCUCAUCAAGAGGGUGGUCCGAGAACUGCAGAGUGAAUUUCCUCACAUGGCCCAGUUCUCCAGUCUGUCUCCCAUCCCUGGUUUCUUCUUAUGGCUACAAGGGGCUCUCGGACAGCACAAGAAGGAGGGACGUGCCAUAGAGCUCCUGUCUGAGCAGGAGUGGAGGGAGGUGGAGGAUGUGACGGGAGCCGCCCCUGGUGCCCCAGCUCUGGAGGCCCUGCGCAGGCUCAUCAGCACCAGCGAGUGGAUCCGCUCCGACCGCCUGAUCCGUGCUCUGGAACCUGCCCUAAUGCGGCUCUGCGCCUGGUACCUGUACGGAGAGAAACGCCGGGGCUACGCCCUAAACCCUGUGGCCAACUUCCAUCUUCAGAACGGCGCCACCAUGUGGAGGCUGAACUGGCAAGCGGACACAAGCCCACGAGGAAUUGCCAACUCUUGCGGCAUAAUGGUAAAUUAUCGCUACUUUUUAGAUGAGACCAGCACAAACAGCGCCGCCUACCUGCAGAAUAAAGUCAUCAAGGCUUCGGAGCAGGUGAUGGGCCUGGUGUCACAAUUCCAGAAGAACAGCAAACUCUGAUUCAAAUCUGUGGCUCUGCAUUGGGACAAAAUGUGUUGGCACUCAAAAUCAGUGUUAUAAUUUUUUACAUUUUUGAUAACUCUGAUCUGCACAGGGUGGACAAACACAAUGAGGGUUAAACAAGCCUUAUAUGGAUCUAUGACUGAAACCAGCAUGUCAUAUUUCAUUGUUAGUUCAGAAAUGGACAGUUGUACUCUGCCUUUCUGAAAGAUAAUAAUCCAAUAAAUCCAAUUUUAAAGGCAUAGUUCACCCAAAAAUUAAAAUUGUCAUCAUAUACUCACCCUCAAGUUGGUCCAAACCUGUAUAAUUUUUUUUCUUUUUUAGAGAAUCGUCCUGCAGCUUUUUCAUCCAGCAGUAGUUCACAAUGGCAACAUAAUGUCAUAGAUACAACAUUAAAAGUUUUAAAGUAGUCCAACUUUUUGUGAAGAAUAAAUUGAAAUGUAAAUCAUUUUUUGCUCUCAAAUUGUUCAUGCAAAUCACUUAUGGCUCAGAUUUGAUGUCAUUACAUGCAAGAACCAAUGACAUUUGAUGCUAUUGAUGUCCAACCUGCAUAUUUGAUUUGUAAGAAAUAGUCACUUAAAUAGCUUGUUUUAUAAUAUUAAGCUAUCUUAAGAAUACUUUUUAGUUAUACAGACCAAUUUCUUUUUGGAAAUUGACACACUGUGAUCACUACUGUUGUAUAUGUUGUAAAUAUAUACAACUUUAUUUUGAGACGGCUGUCACUGAAAAUGACAAAUUGCAGUUUAGUAAGCGAGUCAGAAGUUUAUUCAGUAUUCUGAAAGAUUCAGAGUUCAUUCGGUGAUGGAACUGUCUGACUUAAUUCCGUAACUCGGACUGUAUUUGAGUGAGUUUUUUUUAAAAGAGCCAGUUUUUAAGAGUCAUUUGCUCAUGAAUCAGCAUUUGUUCAGAAAUCAAGAUACUCUCUGUAUUUUUGUAAUUUUUGCUUGGAACAGAACUAGAGAGAAAGAUACAUUUUCUCGCCAUUAUUUUGCGGUACACGUGGAUAUGGGAUUUUGGGAUCUGAUGUAAAAAAAUGAUUAAAUAUACAAUUCAACUAUAAAACAUAAUACAUAAAAUACAUAUAAAACAUU